AUGGAGAACCGAGUGGAAGACGAGCUCCGGGCACUUCUGGAAGUCGACGACGCCCUCCAUGCAAGCCUCGGAACUGCUAUCGACGCCUUCCGCGACCUCUUCCCGACCUCGAGCGACCGCGUCCGCCAAGAGACCAAUACCAUCCGCGGUCAAAUCGAUCUCCAUGCGGCGGCGCUCCAUGUGUCAGACUCGACAAGUACAAGCGCCAACAAGAUGUUUGAGCGCUGCGUCCUCCUCGACGACGUGCACAACCUCGUGCUCGCCCACGAGCUCUUGUGGAAGACGUUCUCGACGGCGGCGCUGAUCCUCUUUCGGUGGAUGGACAUGGAGCGCUGCGACGCCGCCGGGUCGUUAAUCAAGGUGGCUGAGCUCUACGCAGAGCAAGGCGCGACGCGACAGCGAACCAUCGAGUACGUGCUUCUGCUUCUCGAAAUAAUGCUCUGCGAAGCCAACGCCGCCAUGAAGACGCUUGUGCAUCCAGACGCGCUCGUGACGCUAUCGAUUGCCAAUAUGUGCUCCAAGCCGGUCGUCGUGGACGCUGUCUCGAUUUGCUUUGUGCACAACGGCCGCCUGCUUGAGUCGACGAUCGAGCUGCAUGAGGUGCUCGGCGUCUCCGACACCUCGUCACUGCACCUUGGUGUCCACCUCGGCAACCUUGCGUCACGACCAUCGACUCGCCGCUGCUCUCGUACGCUCGAGCCAUUUGAAGCACUACCGGACGUCACAUGGCACAUGGACGGCGGGCAUUGCAUUGCUGGUCUCUCGCUCACGAGCUUCUUAUCGAACCGACACAUGAUUUUUGGCUUUGCUAGCACAGACCGUACGCAAGUCACGUAA